AUGGCUAGGAGCUGGCUUAUUGACAUAGAAGGAUUUGCAAAGAAAGUGAAAAGAACUACACUCUCUUCAGCUGAUCAGAUUAAGGAUUUUGAUGUUUCUAAUGAGUGGCCUGGAUUUCCGCUUGGUAUAAAGUUUGAUCCUUCUGAUGUAGAACUAUUAGACCAUUUAGCGGCUAAAUGUGGUGUUGGUAAUACAAAUCCUCACAUGUUUAUCGACGAGUUCAUACCAACAUUGGAAGGAGACCAAGGCAUUUGCUAUACUCAUCCGGAAAAUCUCCCAGGUGCUAAGAAAGAUGGGAGUAGUGUUCACUUCUUUCACAGAACAAUGAAUGCAUAUAGUACUGGUCAACGAAAGCGUCGAAAGAUUCAACAUCAUGGUUCGGCUGAAGAUCAUGUACGUUGGCACAAGACCGGUAAGACCAAAGCUGUAAUAGAAGAUGGAGUACAUAAGGGCUAUAAGAAGAUAAUGGUUCUGUAUAUAAGAUCUGAGAAAGAGUCAAAAUCCUACAAAUUUGACUGGAAAAUGCAUCAGUACCAUCUAGGGACUGGAGAAGAUGAGAAGAAUGGAGAAUAUGUGGCUUCAAAAAUAUUUUAUAAACAUAAUGAAAAAAAUGAGGAGAAACCAAUGGCUGAAGAAUCUGACAAUAUAACAUCACGAACAAGUCCAAAGACUCCAAAACCAAACCCCUACUAA